AUGGAGGAGUGGGGAGACGAGAGAUGGGACGGUCCCUGGGACAGCGGGAACAGAGAGUGUGUUCUCCCGCGUGCUGGAUUAUAUCACAGAUAUUCCUUCCGCGACACUCAUACUACGCUUGAUCGGCCGAGCAUUCUCCUGUGGGGGCAUGAUCAAUUGCUUUUACUUUCAUGCCUCUUUGGCGCAGCUGUGGUCGGAAAUGCAAAUCCAAGGUCACAGAAAAAUAAGAAAAGGAAUAGUUCACACCGAGACUUAAUUAAACUUGUCGGCUUUGACGGCUUCUCCCGAACGAUCGGCAAUAACCUCGGAGCGGAUGGCGACGAUCCGUCAUUUUUGGGUAUUUUGUUUCCGUCCCUGGCCAUUCAAUUCCGGCCGUUUUCUCGCCAGCCCGCUCAAAGCGCGCCAUAUACCGAUGUCAAACGCACUGACUUUUGUAUGCUUAGAAGCUGUCAGGUACGCAGCCAGCAGCCUUCCCCCGAGAUUCCCGACGCACACAUAAUCCGACCAAAACCCAGAAAACCAGACACACGAAAGACACGUUGA